AUCAAUGUUUUCGUUCGGUAUCAUUUUGAAGCCAAAAAGCAAAGCGUGUGACCGAGGCGCCAACUUUUGUGAAAACAGCAAUAAAGGAAGGGGAAAUGUUAGAUGGUCGAGGAAAGGUCGUUGUUUUUACCCCAGCAAUGGAAAGUUAUAAUCUUGCGGUGGACGAUGCAGAGGGUGUACUGAGAACAAAAGGAGGUGCAGUCCGAAACACUGCUGGGGCUUCCUUCCUUUCCUUCGUUGAGGCCAUCAGACAACAAGUUCCCAAUACACGCCAUGUUGUCUUCAACCAACAGGACACGGAAUCGGUAUAUGUCGUAGAGUCUGACGAACAAGUCAUAUUCACACUCAGGAAUGCUGAUCGCGGGACAUGGCAAUUACGAGGGCUUGAGCGAACGCUAUGUUCGACUCAAACGAAAGUUGUCGUUGUUUCUAGCGGCACCCCAUACGAUCUCAUUGGAUUCGAGAGUAAGCAUAGCAUUGAUUAUGCUCACCUGGCCUGUAGCGAAUAUACAAAACCCGCUUUGGAGGCAGUGAAGAAUAUUAUUUUCGGUGAGGAGAAGGCGGUAGGAAAGCUCCCGGUGCGGGUGACUACGUAAAAUCGACCGAGAAUACUUACUUACAUCUAUCUAUGUUUACUGUAUCGCUCGUUUGGAUGCAUAAAAAUAAGAGGA